AUGCCAGAGGGAAAUCACAGCACUGUGACUGAAUUUAUUCUUACUGGAUUCCCUGGACUUCAUCCAGAAUAUGAAGGUCUCGCCUCAGCUUUGUUGUUCUUGGUUUAUACCUUCACUUUGAUAGGCAAUGCUACCGUUCUUUUUUUAUUUGCAACUGACCGCAGCCUUCACAAGCCCAUGUAUUACAUCAUUCUGAAUCUCAGUGCUUGUGACAUUCUCUUUAGCACAACAACUUUACCUAAGAUCAUCAGUAAGUAUUGGUUUCAAUCAGGGACCAUCUCAUUCACUGCUUGUUUUGUCCAAAUGUACUUUGUUCACUAUCUUGGCACAGUGAAUUCCUAUAUUCUCUUCCUGAUGGCUUUAGAUAGGUAUCUGGCUAUCUGUCAUCCUCUCAGAUAUUCACUUGUUCUUAAAAACUCCACUAUCUGCAUUCUCAGUGUUACUGCAUGGGUUGUUGCCAAAGCAUGCCCUUUAAUGUUAGUUAUUAGGGCGUACCCACUUCCAUACUGUGCCUCAAACAUAAUCCACCACUGUUACUGUGAUCAUAUUGGUAUAACAACACUGGCGUGUACUGAUAGAGCCCCUUAUGGUUUUCCUGCUUUUGUGUUGGCAAUGAUUAUGCUACUGGGGCCUCUGGCGUUUAUAAUUUUUUCAUAUUCAAGCAUAAUUAUAGCAGUACUUAAGAUAGCAAAUUUACAAGGUCGUCUGAAGUCUCUGUCCACUUGUAGUACUCAGCUGAUUAUAAUCUCACUUUAUUAUUUACCCAGAUGUUUUGUAUAUUUAGCCAGCAAUGUUGGCAUUAAAUUUAGUGCUGAUGCUCGAAUAGUGAUCAUCAUGCUGUAUAGCCUUUGCCCCCCCAUGAUCAAUCCACUUAUAUACUGCUUAAGAGGUAAAGAUAUGAGAGAAAGUUUGUUGAGGCAAUUCAACAAAAGGACAGUUCUACAACAAGCACAAAUUUCAGCUGUUAGUGACUGA